AUGGCACAUUAUGAUUUUAAGAAUUUCUUGUCAACCAAGUUUAUUGAUGAUUUCGGAAAAGAAUUCAAGAAACAUGAAGUGCUUUGGCAAUCAUACUUACUUAUGGACCCAAAUCAACUUAAGUUUGCAAAGAAAAAAGCAUACAAGAGUAUUGCAUACAAACUCAACUUGACGGUGGACAUGGUGAUUGAACUGUUAAAGGAUUUCCCAAAUGUUUGCUUCGACAUGUUGAAGAAGACAUUCACAAAGAAAUAUAAUGUGUCAGGUUCCAGUGUGUCUGAAAGUCCGAAACAGCAGUUGCCCAAAUGGCUGCUGUAUUUGAUGAUGAAGUCUGAUAUGUUUGAGAAGAUAAAACAGAAUGACCAACAUAAAACAGUAACUAAGUGCCAUGAACCGGAAGUCUUGAUCCAGGAAUUGUUGACCAGUGUGGAACUCUCUCUUGAAGUUAGCUACGGCAAGAAGAUACAAAGAUUGAAAGGACCAUGUGCUGUGAAAUACUUCGCAAAGAAAUAUGGAGUGAGGGUAGCUGAUGUUUUAUCAGUGUGUCAUCUCCACGAUGUACCGGGAACACUCAGGCUAAAUCAUCAAGAGUGGAAGGUCACUGACCUCAUACUUCUGUACUCUCAUGAAUUAAAACUCAUACAUUUGUCACAGUCAAACUUUUCGACCGGACGGAAUCACAGCUCGCUGAUUCUUCUCUACAAACUAAUGGUUGCUGCUAGAACUCUUUAUUCCCAAGAAUUACAAGUUAAUAAAAUUGGAAACGCCGAAAAGGAUGAAAAUAAUGAUAAAGAUAAAAGUGAAAACGAUACAGAAAAAGUAUUGGAUGAUUUGAAUAAAAGUAAACCCAGUCAAGAGGUUACAGAUGUGACAGAAAAAAAUGAGAAUGUACCAAAAAUAAAUCAUAAUAAAAGUAUUGAUAUGGAAAAUGAAAAAAAUGAAUCAGAAACAAAUAACUCUAAAGAUGUUUCAACGAUACUUUUAAAGGUGGAAGGUAUAGACGAAAACAACUGGUACGGAAAACCCGAGGAACAGAAAGUUGUGUGGGCACUGGUUUACACUGGGUUCAUUAACCGUGGUCGUUCGGCCUCCAUAAUAUAUCUCCAGCGUCGUUGGUUGGAGCUCCUUCAUUUAGCUCGAAACACGAUUCUCAAUGUGUGGAAAUCUAAAGAAAAUGAUAUGAAAGUUCAUCCGCUCCUACCACUACUAGUCAACAGGUUUCCAGAAAUAAUAACGGAUUAUUUACCACCGUGGAGACAGAUUGUGAAGGAAAAGUUGUACGUGAAGGAAUCGGAUGUAGAAGAUCUACUCAUUGAAUGUCUCCAAAACGACAAAAUCAAUCUGGACAUCAAUGAAGAUUUAAGUGAUGCGGACUUCAUAAAAGAGUUCUAUGAGAACGAAUUGAGUCUUAUAAAUACUAAUGGUAAUAUAUAUAAUGAAAAUAUAGAAGUUACUGAGAUAUUGGAAAAAAUAGACCCAAGUAAAGCUAAGGUUACGAUAAAGUUCGAAGAUUCAGAUGACGAUGGUGAAGUUAUAAUCAAUGAUACGGAAAAUAACGAAUAUGUGAAUAAAUAUGAUGAUAUGAAUUUAGAUCUGAUUGAAAAUAUUGAUAGAGAAAUAAAAGAAGAAUACGAUUUGAUGGAGAAUAUAGAUAUGAGAAUAACUCAUGAUGAAGAUGCUGCGGUGAAUGAGAGAACAAUUGAGAAUGUGGUUAUAAAAAGUGAGGAACAAAUUAAAAGUCAAAGUGAUGAUUUACAGGAGGCAAUGGAGAUUAGUACCGAGGAAGUAAAACGAGAAGGUUCUCCAGACGAUAAACUAAUCAAGGAGGCAAUUAUAAUAUUGACACCCAUCGAUCAUUUCAACGAGUGGAAAAAACAUUCUAAAGAUGGAACAAUAAGUUGUAGAAAAUUUAGCACGAAGAAUGUAUCAAAAAUAAUUGAUUUAGAUUCAAAGGAAUUAGCAAAAUGCAGACGAUAUAUGAAAGAUAAACCAGAGGAAAUAAAUAAAUAUGAUAAUUAUCGAGUGAAAUAUGAAGAUUUUGGAUUAGAAAGUAUUACUGAAGAAAAAUAUAAUGAAUUACAAGAAAUGCCAUAUCAAACUAGGAGAGAUAGGAUAGAAUUGACAAAGAAACUAAGAUUAUCAAGAACUUAUUAUAGUAAAGACUUCUGGAGAAAUGAAAUAAAUGUUGAUUUAUUGAAGAAAUGCAGGCUGAUGUAUGUAAAUAUAAAACCACUGAGAAUAUUGAAGAAAGUUCAAUUAUCAGAUAUUAAGAACAUACGAAAUAUUAACAAUAUAUUGAAGACAGCUCGUGAGUUGCCUGUACCAGCGACUUGUAAUGAGCAUCACCCAUUUGAACUACCAAUUACUGAAGUGAACUCAACCGGGAAAAAUUUUCAUGAACAAACCGACAAAAAUCACGAACAAGCUACUACUAACAUAGUAGAUACAAGUGUAUCAGAAUUACGGAAACUACUGACAGAAGUACCACAACCUACAAUUAACACAGAAGAAACUAAAACUACUACGACACCGAGUAACACUACCGAAAGUAGUUUCAUGGAUUCCAUCAUAGAUAGUAUAAGAUCAGAAAACAAUGACAACAUAACUAACCCAAUAACAAACAAACCGGUUCUUGGUGAAUUAAAUAAGAAAAUCAUUAGUGAUAUGUUCUUAAUACCAGCUCUAAAUUCCACUGAUACUGCGGUAGAUCAAAAUACAUCUACAACAUCUCAAGACAAAACUAAAUCCGAUAAAAAUCCUAACAAUACAAAAUCUAUAAUACAAUGUUUAAAAGAAACAUUAAUAGAUGAUCACAAGUUAAGAGAGAGUCUAUUGGCGCUGUCCAAGAAGAAAAUGUUGCCUAAACCUCAAGACGUGAAACUUCUAGUAAAAGAAUUGGCCGCGAAAUGCGAAACUCUGAAAUACAAAGACGAUUCAAAACUUCGACCGAAACUGUGGAAAAUACACGAAUAUAGAGUGGCGAGACACAAGAAGGAGCUCACGAGGAAUAUGCUAGUGUUGACGGAGUAUCUGCCUCAGUUUAAGGCAUUUCUAAAGAAACGUAGAAAGAGAAUCAGAAACAGGAAAAUGAUAAAGAAAACGGACAAAUUAAAAAAUAACAAUCAUGAUAACCAAAAUAGUGUUAAUAACGAAAAAAUUGAAGCGACCUGUCCUACACGUGAUGAUGAUGACAGUGACGAACCGAACUUGGUGAUAGACGAAGGUGUUAAAGAUACGAAAGAUUAUCAGAAAGAUAACAAUAAGGAUAUAAAAGAUAACACGAAGACAAAACAGAAAAAGAAAUACAAAAGGAAAAAACGAGAAGAAAAACAAAACGACGAAGAAAAACCGUUACGAGACGCUUACGAAGAGUGGCAGAGACAGAAAACUAUGAACCUUAAAUACUUUACGUUACCAAACAACACUCAAAAUACCGAUAAGCCGAGUAAAGAUAACGGACUUAAAAAGAAAAACACAACUGAGGGUAGUUUGAAAAAUAAAACUACCGGCACGAACACAGACAACAUCGCGAAAAAAGAGUCCGUUGUACUAAUAAGUGACAGUGAUAGUGAUGUGCAAAUAGUGGAUAGUGAUGUACCCAAGCCGGCUGACAAAAGAAUGAGUCAGACUAUCAAAUUGAAUUUAGACAGCAUAUCAAAGGAUUCAAACAAAUUCGUGUAUCCCACGAUCAAUCUUCACACUCACCCUCUAUACAUAGUGUAUAACACCCCUGUACCAAAUAAUAAUGGUCCACCAGCUAAUUUUAGUCAGUUAGUUGUUCAAGUACACCCUGCGGCCGUGACACCACAAACUUCAAUUCUCGAUCUAACGAAUGAGCCACCAAGUGUACCAGUCGCGAGUGUUGAUAGUGUCACGAAAGAUAAACCUAGAGAAGUAUCAGCUCCACCAAACAUCACGAUGAGUCUUGAAGAAUACACCGUGAACUACGACAUACUGUCGGCGCCUCUCAUUAAAAUGGAAAAAGAGAAGAAACAUCUUUGUUUAUUAAACAAAUACAUCAUAUUGACGGACGUCAACUUGCCCUGCGACCAGCCUACCUACAGAACCAUCGGUUCCGACAAAACUAAAUGCUUGACGGAAGUAGAACUGACUACUUCCGGGGACGUUCUGUUAUUAGGAAAGAAAGGUGUUGGCGAUUAUAGGGUGUGCAAAUGUGAGGGUAGCUCGACGAAAAAGUGUGAUCUGUGCAACCUGGCUGAUGUGGGACACGGGAGGCGGUUGAAUAUAAUCAAAAUAAGGAAGGAUACUUUUAAGAGAAUAGCGGAUAACCCUCUAAAAUAUGUACGACUGACUGCUGAAGAAGUGAGGAGAACGAAUAAAGUGGUCCUGGAAUUGAUACCCGACAUCAUCUUCAUGAACCUCAUGUUCUAUAAGAGACUCACGUCCGCCCCGCUACUAUACAGCAGGCUCCUCUCAGCUAUUCCGGACGAGGAGUCAUUCCGUCAGCUCGUGUCCAAAGAGGUCGAGUUAUACUGGUUGGACACAAGCCAGCCGCAGCCUCAGUACCGCCCUCUAUACUACUCCAAGACAAACGGAACAUUCAAGACUACACAUCCUGACCCGGAGUUAGAUCAAGUGUUAUCGUGGAUUAUAAAUAAAUAA